GGACAGGCAGCGUUUCGGAUAGGAGUGUGUUCGUGUGUGUGUGUGUGUGGCAGCGCUACGUUGACAGUAUGUGUGGAACGGUGGAGGAUGUCUGAGUCUGGUCUCUGUGGUGAGGACACUCGUCCCCGCGUCACUGGCCCGGGAUGGUCCCGCUCUGUCUCCUUCUGUACCUCGCAGCCCUCAUCUCCUCUCCGGUGUACAGUGCCCACCUGCUGUCCCCAGAGCCCACAGAUUGGGUGUCGAGUGAGGUGGAAGUCUCUCUGGACGACUAUGUGGCAGGAGUUGGGGACACUAUAGACCUGUCCUGCACACCGCGUGACUUCCUGGUCCCCAUCGUGUGGCAGAAAGACGGCGACGCUGUGUCUCCUAACAACCGUACACGGGUGGGGCAAAAAGUGCUCCGUAUCAUCAACAUCUCCUACGAAGACUCCGGGGUGUAUUCCUGUAGACACACCCACAGCAGCACGCUGCUAAGCAACUACACCGUCAGAGUCACCGACUCUCUGUCCUCUGGUGAUGAUGAGGACUAUGAUGAAGAUGAGGACGAUGCAGGUAAUGGAAAUGAAGCUCCAUACUGGACCCGUCCUGACCGGAUGGAGAAGAAACUGUUGGCCGUUCCCGCCGCUAAUACGGUGAAGUUCCGCUGUCCUGCCACCGGCAACCCCGCUCCCAGCAUCCACUGGCUGAAAAACGGGAAGGAAUUCAAGGGGGAGCAGAGGAUGGGCGGGAUUAAAUUGAGGGAUCAGCAGUGGAGUCUGGUCAUGGAGAGUGCCGUUCCAUCUGACCGGGGAAACUACACAUGUGUGGUGCAAAACAAAUACGGGACAAUCAAGCACACUUACCAACUCGAUGUGCUAGAGCGCUCUCCUCACCGGCCCAUCCUACAGGCGGGACUCCCAGCCAAUCAGACGGUGGUGGUGGGCAGUGAUGUGGAGUUCCACUGUAAGGUGUACAGUGAUGCUCAGCCGCACAUCCAGUGGCUCAAACACAUCGAGGUGAAUGGAAGCCAGUAUGGGCCCAAUGGCGUCCCCUAUGUCCACAUCCUUAAGAGUUUUGUCAGUAAGGUAAAAGAGGCCCACGAUGUGCUGACUCUGUAUAAUGUGUCAGAAAAAGAUGCAGGCCAGUACUGGUGCAGAGCCCACAACUUUGUAGGCAUGUCAGAGAAUACGUUCUGGCUCAUGGUGUUCCAGCCAGUGGUAGAGAUGGAGAGAGAGGAUGACUAUGCGGACAUCCUCAUCUACGUAACGGGCUGCGUGCUCUUCAUCCUCACCAUGGUCAUCAUUAUCCUCUGCCGUAUGCGGAUGAACACACAGAAGACUCUCCCCACGCCACCCGUUCAAAAACUGUCCAAAUUCCCCCUCAAGAGACAGGUAACAGUGUCCUUGGAAUCUAACUCUUCCAUGAAUUCAAACACCCCGUUGGUCCGGAUCGCCCGCCUGUCAUCUAGCGAUGGGCCCAUGCUGCCCAACGUUUCUGAACUUGAGCUGCCCUCUGACCCCAAGUGGGAGUUUCCACGUACUAAACUAACACUGGGAAAACCACUGGGAGAGGGUUGCUUUGGGCAGGUAGUGAUGGCUGAAGCCAUUGGGAUUGACAAAGAGAAACCCAAUAAACCUCUUACUGUGGCUGUCAAGAUGCUCAAAGAUGACGGCACAGACAAGGACCUCUCGGACCUUGUGUCUGAAAUGGAGAUGAUGAAGAUGAUUGGAAAACACAAGAACAUUAUUAACCUACUGGGAGCGUGCACACAAGAUGGUCCUCUAUAUGUGCUGGUGGAAUAUGCCUCUAAAGGAAAUCUUAGGGAAUACUUACGUGCGAGAAGACCUCCUGGGAUGGACUACUCGUUUGACACUUGUAAAAUCCCAAAUGAAACUCUGACAUUUAAAGAUCUGGUGUCCUGCGCCUAUCAGGUGGCCAGGGGUAUGGAGUACCUGGCCUCAAAGAAGUGUAUCCAUAGGGAUCUUGCAGCCCGGAAUGUUCUGGUAACCGAGGACAACGUGAUGAAGAUUGCAGACUUCGGCCUGGCUAGAGAUGUGCACAACAUUGACUACUACAAGAAGACCACCAACGGUCGUCUACCCGUCAAAUGGAUGGCACCAGAAGCACUGUUCGACCGGGUCUACACGCACCAGAGCGAUGUGUGGUCUUACGGAGUGUUGUUGUGGGAGAUUUUCACACUGGGCGGCUCGCCGUACCCAGGUAUCCCAGUGGAGGAGCUCUUUAAACUGCUGAAGGAGGGUCAUCGGAUGGACAAACCUGCAAACUGCACUCAUGAACUGUACAUGAUUAUGCGGGAGUGCUGGCACGCUGUUCCUUCUCAAAGACCCACGUUCAGACAGCUGGUGGAGGAUCACGACAGGGUCCUUUCUAUGACCUCCACUGACGAAUAUCUGGACCUGUCGGUGCCGUUCGAACAGUAUUCCCCGACCUGCCCAGACUCCAACAGCACCUGUUCCUCCGGCGACGACUCUGUGUUUGCUCACGACCCUUUACCUGACGAGCCCUGCCUCCAAACAUCACCUCCACAGCAACGGGGUCAUACGAACAUAAGCGCCCAGGACAGAAAUGGUGGUUUGUUGGAGACCUUCCGGUUGGCUGCACUGGACCAGCAUGUGGCGGCAGUGCAGACUGGGCUCCUGGUUCAGUGUGGAUCUCAUGAAACGCUCGACAAGAAGCUUCAGACUUCCAGCUGUUCACAGGUCUGAAGGACGGAUUACGCCCCUCUCCUUCAGCUCCUUUUCUUCCAAAUCAUUAUUCAGCUUUUUGUCUAUGAAAAGAGAAUUCCUAUUUUUAUAUUCGGCCAGUUUCGUUUUUCCUUUUGCGCGACGCAGUCAGAAGGGUCAAACCAUUCCGUGCCUACCAAAAAAACAAAAAACAGACAAAUUGCUGGACAGGAAACAAAAAGUACGGAUCGACGCUGUGUUACAGCACAGUUCUGAAGAGACAGAGUCGUCCUGUCACACACAGACAGGAAGUGUUUUUACAGCAAUAUAUCUGACUGGAGUGAGAAUCAAACCCAUGGCCAGUCUCUCCUCUCCACUCCUCACAAAGAUCAUUUUUCAUCCUUUUUUAAUAAGAAAAGAGAGAACGGUCUCCUAGAUGUGAGAUUUAAUUAGAAGAUAUAUAUAUAUAUAUAACUGUGUGCUUUGUACGUAUAUUAAAGUUUUUAUUGUAAAUAUAUAGAUAUAAAUAUGUAUCAUAUUGCAGUCGGUAGCAGUGUACUUAAAAAAAAAAAAAAGAAAAAAGAAUGACAUUUUAAGAGCAAGUGAGCAUACACUGUUGAGAUCAUGUAAACAUUUAAUCUUAAAAAAGCAAAACAAAAGUUUUAUUUGAAUUAACAUGUAUAUUUGUAAAGCUAUUUAUAGACGUAAGGUUUUUAAGGGGGUCUAAAAUUAUAGUCGGGUUUUGGUACUGUAAACAAAGGGUUUUUCUUUUCAAUUUUGUAAGUUAUUUACCACAGAAGUGCAAGAUUUCAACCGGUGGGUUGUGUUUUAUUUUUGCUUGUUUUCUUCCAUUUCUUAGUUUACAGUGACAAGAAUGUAUGAGAAGCUAAUUGGUGAUAUCAGCAGAGCAAAAUGACGAAAUUAUGAAUUCUAAACACGAAAAGAGUACGCCAGAAGUUGCUUUGCCCAUAUCUCAGUAUUGAAUUUAAUGAUAAAAGGACCACAAGUGCUUCUGAUCUUCAAGAGGAAACUGCACCGUUGUAUUUUUAACUCCAGUCAUACUCACACUUAAAAGCACUUUUCAUCAUUUUUGUAUAUUCGGAAAAAAAGUGUCCACAUUUGGGCUUCCAUGCAUGAGAUCCGUUCGCUACAGUAUUUCAAGAAACAGUGUUGGUUUUCUCUGAUUAUGAGCGCUGGUGGUCUUUUCAUUCAGCUCUAUGAUAUGAAGGAGUGCUGUGUGGGUAAAACCUACCAUAGCAUAUAGAUGUAUGGUGAAACCAUAUUAUGAGUUUGUCGCUCUUAUUUGCUCUUUUGCUAAUGAAUAUGUAUAAUAACAUUUUGAGGUAAUCCUCCGGGUCGGUGUGUCUGCAAAGUGCCAAAAUCUUUCUCUCUGCUCUGAAUUUUAUGUUAAUGAGUACAGAACCGUUAUUGCUAUUCAACUCUAGCGUGCAUGGUUGUCAGAUGAGUGUCUCUGGCCCUGCGAAUCUAAGCGAAGCAUUAUGGGAUAGCUUGGUCGUGUCUCAGGGUGUCCUCAGACAAUUGCAUUCAAGCAGAAAGCCGGCAAUAAUAUAUAAUGGGGGAAAAAAAAAGAGGAUGAUUCGCUUGCUGCUAAACUUCGAAAACUGUAGAUUUGAUAGGAGGUGACUGUACAGGUGCUCCCUCCUGCAAACCAUUGAAUUUUUGUACUUGUCAAGUGCCUGGGAGGGAGUUGAGUGGCUGAAUAUUGCUUUUGAAUGUACGGCCACAUCAAAAAAAGAUAUAAGCAGGGUGUUUCUUCGAAAUGAGUCGGUAUGUGUAAGGCACUUCGUUACCUUAAUUCUCAGAUUGGGUUCUUAAAGAGACGGAUGACGUUGUUCUGUAAUUUCUUCUUCUAGCUGAGGGACAUCAUGUUCUGUUGGAGACAGUGUUUUGAGUGUUCGUCCAUUACGUGUGGAGUUAUUCGUUUACUGGUGUGGGCAAGCGAUCGCUCUCAGCUUGGUUUUUUUUUUGUUUUUUUUGUCGUACAACCUGUAACCUCUGGCUCACCUCCGCAUCCUCCGCUCUACUACUGACAGCCCUUUCGCAUUGUUUCAAACAUAUCAAACAAUGUUGGUGGUCCUUCUCCCUCCUUGUCACAAACCCACAUUAUUUAUUUCCUUGUAUUUAUGUUUUGUUUUGUUUUGUUUUUCUUCACCCGCUUGCUUCCGUGACCUUCUCUUAUUCAAAAAGGACAGCAUUCCUUCAUGCUUGUGUGUUUUGGGAUGGAGGUGCAGCCAAGAUGCGUUGAGGGGUUGAAGAAAGUUUUCUCAAAUGUUUACAAUGAACAUCCAGACAGUUUCAGAGGACAAUGUGUUUCCCAGCGCUUUUGAAGUGGCUGGAUGUUGAGCAAUACUGGUCUGAUGUCGACACUCUUUCAUUUUACGCAUUUGUUCUUUUCCUCUUAAGCUCUAUUUGAUAGUGCCAUUCAGCUCUUAUUAGAAUUAAGAUAUUAAAUUAAGUUAUAGAUUUAAAUUUGCAAAUGAUUGUUAUAUGUCGAGUAGAUUUUAUAUAGGUGUGUUUUGUUUUAAUAGGGAUGAAAGCUUCUUUACAGUAUUUUCUUACAGAAGAAUUGCAUUGCAUUCCAGGUAGAGUUCUUUCUUUACGCGGUGAGGUAACACGUUUGCAGAAUUAAAGGCGUUCGGCAUCUGCAUCCCUCUCUGUUUAACAAAAGAAUGGAAUAGUUGACUAACAGUGUUUUGUGUUAUUUUUCCAUAUCUCUGUAUCUGUGGAACAUUCCGUUCUGUUUCAGUUGUGCCCCUUCCGAGCUGUUAAACCUCUUUACACUAUCAGUCUGUGCCUGACGGAAUUAUGCUGUCAAUCAAAACCUUUUCAAUAAACACAACAAAACCAGU